AUGGGUGGUUUACUCUUUGGUUAUGAUCUUGGGAUCACUGGAGGAGUGACUUCCAUGGAACCUUUCCUAAUAAAAUUCUUUCCUAGUGUUUAUAAACAAAUGCAAGACGAAUCUAACCACGAAAGCCAAUAUUGCAAAUUUGACAAUGAGCUCCUUACUUUGUUCACCUCUUCAUUAUAUCUUGCUGCAUUAGUAGCUUCUUUUUGUGCUUCCACAACCACAAGAAUGAUGGGACGCAAGACCUCAAUGUUUGUAGGUGGUUUGUUUUUCCUUGUUGGUGCUUUGUUGAAUGGUUUUGCCAUCAAUAUUGAGAUGCUUAUCAUAGGUCGUUUAUUGCUUGGUUUUGGUGUUGGAUAUUGUAAUCAGUGUGCACUCAACAUUGGUUUUCAAAUGAUGAUCACAAUUGGCAUAUUAAUUGCAAACCUUAUCAACUAUGGGACUGCAAAACUAGAAUAUGGUUGGAGAAUUUCUUUAGGUAUUGGUGCAGUCCCCGCAAUAAUGCUAUGUGUGGGAUCUCUUUUCUUAGGUGACACACCAAACUCUCUGGUUGAAAGAGGUAAAAUAGAAGCAGCUAAGAAAAUGUUGCAAAGGAUUCGUGGCGUUGAUAAUGUCGAUGAGGAGUUCCAAGAGCUCGUUGAUGCGACUAAAGCAGCCAAAGAUGUGGAACACCCAUGGAAGAACAUUAUACAACCAAAAUAUAGGCCUCAACUCACUUUUUGCUCUCUGAUUCCAUUCUUCCAACAAUUCACCGGUAUCAAUGUCAUAAUGUUUUAUGCACCCGUCCUCUUUAAAACUUUAGGCUUUGGAAGCGAUACUUCCCUUAUGUCUUCCGUUAUCACCGGAGGUGUUAAUGUGGUUGCCACUCGUUGUUUCCAUUUUCUCUCGUGGACAAGUUUGGAAGAAGGAUAUUGUUCCUCGAAGCUUGCUGUUGGAACCAUGAUUGCUAUGAAGUUUGGAGUGAGCGGUGAAGGCUCAUUUACCAAUGGAGAAGCUAGUCUCCUCUUAUUCUUUAUAUGUGCAUAUGUUGCAGCAUAUGCAUGGUCUUGGGGUCCACUAGGGUGGUUGGUUCCAAGUGAAAUAUGUUCUCUUGAGGUUCGAUCGGCAGGUCAAAGCACCAAUGUUGCUACUCAUCCUCUCGAAAGGGAGUGCGGAGAGCGGUUACAGUACAGUCGACCACAAACACAUAGACACAAUCAAGAUAUUUUAAAGUAA